CACCCCACCCCGCGCCGGGUUGUAGUCCGUCGCCGCGUCGCUCGCGAUAGGCUGCGGUGUCGGUGGCGGCUGCGGUGCGCAAAAUGGUGUUGUUGGCGUUCCUGUGCGCGGCCGCGCUGGCGGUGUCGGCCCACGGAUCCAUCCCUCCGCCCGAGGAGGCGGCGCGCAUGGCGCGCUUCGUCUUGCACAACUGCGACUGGGGCGCGCUGGCCACGCUCUCCGCGCAGGAAGGGCUGCGCGGCCGCCCCUUCGCCAACAUCUUCUCCAUCAGCGACGGCGCCCCGGGGCGCGGCGGCAGCGGCGUCCCCUAUCUGUACCUGACCGACAUGGAGAUCUCCGUGCAGGACCUGGAGAUCAAUUCGAAUGCCUCCCUAACUGUGUCUUUGGCACAGACUCCGUACUGCAAGAAGCACAGAUAUGACCCCCAGAACCCCCUCUGCGCCCACAUCAUCUUCUGUGGGAGCAUUGUAAAGGUGAAUGAUUCAGAAGCAGCCUUAGCAAAAAAGGCGUUAUUCACUCGGCACCCUGAGAUGGAAAGUUGGCCUAAGGAUCAUAACUGGUUCUUUGCCAAAUUCAACAUCACCAAUAUUUGGGUUCUGGACUACUUCGGUGGACUGAAAAUUGUGACACCAGAAGAAUAUUACAAUGUCAAGCCUUAG